UUCUGGAGUGCAUUCCUAACUAAAUAAUUGAUCGCUACUUUGGUUCAUUUGUAUGCAAUACUCGCCUUGACGUACAAUAAUUAAUCGACAAGCAUUAUCGUCAGUCAUGGUAUAUUACUCGUUCCUUUUACUGAUAUUUAUUCAACCUUUUUCGACCUUGAAACUUAGUUAUGCUCAACUGCAUUUUGGUACAACGUCAGACAAAAGGAUCUGAACACGUCCAAAACAGACUUGGUCGACUUCGCUUUGCCAGCCUCGAGCCAAACAUGGACGACACACUUUCAAUUUUUUUAGAGUUACUUUUUUGUGUGGCCUUGGUUCCUUUCCCUGCAUGUUCAGAAAAUUUUGCACUCCGCAUUCAAGGUACUCCAAAACGUAGUUAUGUUGCUGAAGUUGGAGACAUAAAACGGUUACGAUGUGCGGUGACAGGGCUUCCACUACCGUCUAUCACAUGGAUCAAGGAUGAACAACCUUUAAAGCUCUCGGAAAGGGUAAGUAAGCUGAACAACGACAAAACCAUAAAGAUCAAUGGAGUCAGACUCGACGACCAAGGCAAAUACUCCUGCUUUGCUGAAAAUCCUCUCGGAAAAGUCUACUUGACAUUCGGGUUAAAGGUUCAUAAUGACACUCUGGUAACGACUGAAUCGCUAUCAGCGUCUCAAAAGCCUACCACUGAAAAGCAGAUUAAAGCAGGAGCACCAGUAUUUACUGAUCCAAACUUGCGAAAGAGAUCAUUCAGGGCAUGGCCUGCAUCACACUCCAUAAGACUGAAAUGUCAAGCCAUUGGUACACCACCUCUCAAAUACAAAUGGCUUAAGGACGGAAAGGACUUAAAAAAGCCACCUAUGGACGCAACUGUUAAUACUCCACUUUGGUACCUGCAACUGCAAGAUCUUGUACCCACUGAUUCUGGGAGAUACACUUGUAUAGUGUCCAAUUCAUAUGGAUCAAUAAGUCACACCUUUACACUUCAAGUUGUUG